AUGACCGCCAUUCCUGCACAGAUCUACACGGCUUCCAUGACUAUGCCUUCAGAAGACAAGGCAAGCCCUAGACCUGGCAGCAGCCUGCGCACUCGCGUUCAAGAUACCACUCCUGCUUCACGAUGGCGCUUUACCCGGUCUACCACGAAUCUGCGUGAGGCAGCCUCCCGAUCAGCCUCCAUUAGCUCUACGCAAAUGCCCACUCCCCCCUUGCCCAUGAAGCCUGAACGCCCUGCUUCCAAAAUCUCCCUCUUUGGUUUGUUCAGUCGUCCGAAAGUGGAGAGGGCCCGAGGUCACACAGAAGGGGGACUCGUUAUGCCGACGCGACCACAAACACCAACACCACCCACGCCAGCUCCACAGACCUCCAUGGCAAAGUCCUCGCUGCGCCAGAAUCCAUCGCCGCCCGCACAGCAGUCUAUCCGAGCACGAUCAAGCCAGAUGUUCCGACCAACCUCGAUGCGACCCACCAUGCUACAGAGAGAGGCGGGAGAUUGGGAGCCGCCCCCCCUGUUUCAAGCUUUUCCACAGUCCCUAAAGCAUGCUACUGUCCAAGCCUGUGUCUUCCCACCCGAGGUCCUGAUGCGAACACAGAGUCAGAGAAGACAAGCUGAGCUGAUGCGAGAACGAAUGGAUAGCGUGCGCGAUCUGUCCACCAUUGCAGAGAAUGUCACAGAAACCAAGAAAUUGGAGAAGAAUCACAAGCGGCUCGUAUCCAACUCGGUGCUGAACCCACCCACACCCGAGCUUGUCAACAAAAUCUACAUCUUGGUCGCUUCGGGAUAUGUUUUGCAGUAUGCUGGUGAUGGCAAUUUUGAUCGGGCGCCAGAAAAAGUGCUCAGGCUCGGCAAGGAAUCUGCUGCCUUUGCAUGCGAUCUCAUACCUGGCAAGCAUUGGGUCUUGCAAAUCUCCAGCCAUGCACAUGAUGACGGGACUUUUGAGACGGGCCCAAAGAACUCCCUCCUCUCUCGACUCCGGACACAGAAUGCCACUGUGAGAACGGCAGCCACGAGCUUCUUGCUAGUCCUCGAAAGUGCCGAAGAGAUGGAUGCAUGGAUGAGUGCCAUACGCAAGGAGAUUGACAAUCUUGCUAGUACAAAAGUCAAAGACGAUUUCAUGCGGGCCUCGUCCUCUACGGAUGACUCCGCAGGAAAGAGUUCGGCAGAGGCCAUCACCCACCGACAUCGAGCACAACGUGACCCUGAAACCAUCAGCAAGGUCACCCCUUGGGAGCUACCCCUCGCCUCACCGCGUUCGGAAACACCACAAAUCGUGACUUCGGACAGGGCAACGAAUGAGAGUGAGCGAAGCGUGAGUGUGGCAGAUUCCAUCGGCGGCCAGACUAGCUAUGUGGGCAAUGGCCGCCAGUCAGGAGAGACGUCAUCGGUUGCCUCGACGCCAGUCUCACAACACCAGGUACAGCUGGAUGGACUCCGUGGACGGUCCCGCUUCUCCUUCAUGUCAACAACGACAUCAACGUCCGGUCCCGGCACCCGCAACACUUCACGGGACUCUUCUCCCGCUCCAUCGCCUUUGAAGGACGUUUUUUUACCCGGAGAUGUCGAGCCCAUGCGCAGUGCCAUGUCUCUCAAGUCCUUCCACAUGAAUCCUAGCAGUGGCUCUGCAUCUCGGCGUAGAUCCAUGCAGCCCCUUCCCAUCACAAAUGAGAACUUUCCCCAGACAGUCGACACUUCUGCCAAGCAACAACGACACUCGUUGUACAGCCCGACUUCUCCAAAAGCGCCUGAGCUAGGCGAGCAGUCUUCAUCGGGACCCAAGGUGCCUACAAAGGACCCAGAGCCUACAGGGCCACGCUCACCAUCCCGGAUUCAAAUUCCUCAUAUUGCCGAUGCUGCUCGCUCAGGUCCAGUACAAAGCCCAAAGGAACCGUGUCCGGAGCCAUCAGUCACUUCUCGCGAAGACAGUCCUGUCCGCGUCGAUGAUCGCAGCUACAGCAUUCCACCCAGGAGGGAUGUCAUCUCGCCCCCACCACGGGAACCUGCUCCGCUGCCUCCCAAGCCGGUUCGACCACAAUCUUCAAUCGGAGCCUCGCCAUCGCUCUCGUCCCAACCAAUGACCAUGUUUUCGUCUGGGGCAUCGGAAGCUAGGACCCAACGCCGAAUCUCAGCGACACCAAAGGCUUUCAUGCGACCUCUGCCUGUCCGCCCUCAAGCUCAACAUGCUGAGGGUUCGAUGAUACUUCAGAGGAGACAGUCUUCCUUGACACCUACUUCGGCUCCUGCACCCUUGCCUUUGGGUAUCAACGUCACCCGCUCUGUCACUGCACCUGCCAGACCCUCCUCAGCCGCUGCCAACACGGCACCAACGCCGAGUCCCAUGAAGCUCCAUCCGUCGCUUCCGACAUCACAGACUUUGCGUCGCCCAACCUCGGUCCAGAUUAGAUCUGACCCUGCCCCUUUCCUCUCGUCAUCGCGUCCCGCUCAUGCCAGCCGACGAGCCUCUAACGCGCAAGCUCUUGCACCCAGUCCCAGGAUUCUGCAGGCCGCACCCAGCAUUGAUACGCUACGCCAACAGGCUCUUGCACAGAGGUCCCGGUUGAAGAGUGUUGUCCCGAGGCGCAGCAUGCCAGCUCUGGGGCUACCACCCCCAGCUCCGCCACCCAACAUGCCUCUCCCAACACUGCCGCCAAACAUGGCUCUGCCACCUACCCCAACGAACAGAUCCACGCUUAACCCGCCACCCAAUAUGCCUCUUCCUACGCCACCGCCUUGCGCGCCUCUUCCUCAACCACCUACCCGAGCUUUGCCUACCCCACCGCCAAACGUGCCAUUGCCUCCAACGCCGCCUGCAGGCGAGCCUUCUGCGAAGAAUGUUUCUGCAUAA